AUGGCAGGUAAGUGCAGUGGACUGUAAACAUAAAUGUUUAAUUACUUUAUAAAGAUUGAAUCUUCCCAGAAUGUGUUAUUACUCUAACUCAACACAUUAUUUGAUAUCUGCAAUUAAAUGACCACUAUCAGUAUGUAGGCCGUUUGUAGUCCAUGGUGUAGGCCUACACAUACCAUUACAAUACAUUUUUAUUUUACAUAAAAGUUCAGAUUAGUUGAUGUCGCUUGACCUGUCUAUAGAGUUGAUAAACUACCACUAUGCGAUUCUCUGUGGAAGAAGAUCCUAGACUACUGUAAUACAAUAUCACCAUCACCCACAUCUAACGUGGCUACUCUAUUCAGGUUAUGACUGAGUUAGUAUGCUAUAUGUUGUAACAAUAUCACUAUCACCCACGUCUAACAUGGCUACUCUCUAUGAACGUUAUGAAUGGUUUAGUGUGCUAUCUGCUGAUCUGAUCCAUCCUUUGUAUAUACACUACAGUCGUGGUCAAAAGUUUUUUGAGAAUGACACAAGUAUUGGUCUUCACAAAGUUUGCUGCUUCAGUGUUUUUAGAUAUUUUUGUCAGAUGUUACUAUGGUAUACUGAAGUAUAAUUACAAGCAUUCCAUAAGUGUCAAAGGCUUUUAUUGACAAUUACAUUAAGUUUAUGCAAAGAGUCAAUAUUUGCAGUGUUGACCUUUUCUUUUUCAAGACCUCUGCAAUCCGCCCUGGCAUGCUGUCAAUUAACUUCUGGGCCACAUCCUAACUGAUGACAGCCCAUUCUUGCAUAAUCAAUGCUUGGAGUUUGUCAGAAUUUGUGGGGUUUUGUUUGUCCACCCGCCUCUUGAGGAUUGACCACAAGUUCUCAAUGGGAUUAAGGUCUGGAGAGUUUCCUGGCCAUGGACCCAAAAUGUCGAUGUUUUGUUCCCCGAGCCACUUAGUUAUCACUUUUGCCUUAUGGCAAGGUGCUCCAUGAUGCUGGAAAAGGCAUUGUUCGUCACCAAACUGUUAUUGGAUGGUUGGGAGAAGUUGCUCUCUGAGGAUGUGUUGGUACCAUUCUUUAUUCAUGGCUGUGUUCUUAGGCAAAAUUGUGAGUGAGCCCACUCCUUUGGCUGAGAAGCAACCCCACACAUGAAUGGUCUCCGGAUGCUUUACUGUUGGCAUGACACAGGACUGAUGGUAGCGCUCACCUUGUCUUCUCCGGACAAGCUUUUUUCCGGAUGCCCCAAACAAUCGGAAAGGGGAUUCAUCAGAGAAAAUGACUUUACCCCAGUCCUCAGCAGUCCAAUCCCUGUACCUUUUGCAGAAUAUCAGUCUGUCCCUGAUGUUUUUCCUGGAGAGAAGUGGCUUCCUCGCUGCCCUUCUUGACACCAGGCCAUCCUCCAAAAGUCUUCACCUCACUGUGCAUGCAGAUGCACUCACACCUGUCUGCUGCCAUUCCUGAGCAAGCUCUGCACUGGUGGUGCCCCGAUCCCGCAGCUGAAUCAACUUUAGGAGACGGUCCUGGCUCUUGCUGGACUUUCAUGGGUGCCCUGACGCCUUCUUCAUAACAAUUGAACCUCUCUCCUUGAAGUUCUUGAUGAUCCGAUAAAUGGUUGAUUUAGGUGCAAUCUUACUAGCAGCAAUAUCCUUGCCUGUGAAGCCCUUUUUGUGCAAAGCAAUGAUGACGGCACGUGUUUCCUUGCAGGUAACCAUGGUUAACAGAGGAAGAACAAUGAUUUUAAGCGCCACCCUCCUUUUUAAAGCUUCCAGACUGUUAUUCUAACUCAAUCAGCAUGACAGAGUGAUCUCCAGCCUUGUCCUCGUCAACACUCUCACCUGUGUUAACGAGAGAAUCACUGACAUGAUGUCAGUUGGUCCUUUUGUGGCAGGGCUGAAAUGCAGUGGAAAUGUUUUUUUGGGGAUUAAGUUCAUUUUCAUGGCAAAGCGGGACUUUGCAAUUAAUUGCAAUUCAUCUGAUCACUCUUCAUAACAUUCUGGAGUAUAUGCAAAUUGGCAUCAUUAAAAACUGAGGCAGCAGACUUUGUGAAAAUUAAUAUUUGUGUCAUUCUCUCAACUUUUGACCACGACUGUAGUUUUGUGUUUGUGCAGUAUACAGGCAGCCUUUUUGUCUUUCUUGCAUGACUAACAUGACUGUUGCUUCUCUUUCAGAUGCUGUGUCUGACAUCCUGUCUGCCUCCAUGAAGCUCCUGGGCAGCUCUGAGAUCGCUGCUGCCUCCAUAGCCGAGAGGAGGCUCAUGCCUGCCGUCCAACAACUAGAAGAGCGGACUGAAGAAUCCUCGCUCGCCCCUGCCAAGGACGUUCUAGAACCCCUGGAGGUUCCGGAAACUAAGGUAGAGGAGGAAGUACUAUCUGUGGAGGGGGGAGUGGCAGUAGAAGCAGCAGCUGAAGAAGGCGAAGCAGUUGUCGUGGAAACCGAAGAGCCCAAACCAGAAGAGGAGGCUGUUGUUGCUGCCCCUGAUGUCGCAGAAGAGGAAGUGGUUGCCGAGGUGACCCCUGAGCCAGAGGAAGUAGUUCCGGUCACCGUAGAGGAGGCUCCAGCUGCUGUUGCAGAGGAGGAGGAGACAGCUGCACCUCCCCUAGAGGCCCCAGAGCUCCCUGCCGCUGUGGAAGCACCUGAGGCGGAGGCUCCUGCUGAGGCACCAAUAGAAGAAGCACCAGCAGUAGAGGAAUUUGCCCCAGAAGAGGCUGCCACAGUGGAAGAGGCAGCGCCAGUUGAGCCAGAGGUACCUGCCGCCGAAGAGACCCCAGCAGUGGAAGAGGUUGCAGUAGUAGAAGAGACUGCACCAGUUGAAGAGACCCCAGCAGUGGAAGUGGUACCUGCCGCCGAAGAGACCCCAGCAGUGGAAGAGGUUGCAGUAGUAGAAGACACUGCACCAGUUGAAGAGACCCCAGCAGUGGAAGAGGUUGCAGUAGUAGAAGAGACUGGACCAGUUGAAGAGGCCCCAGCAGUGGAAGAGGUUGCAGUAGUAGAAGAGACUGCACCAGUUGAAGAAGCCCCAGCAGUGGAAGAGGUUGCAGUAGUAGAAGAGACUGGACCAGUUGAAGAGACCCCAGCAGUGGAAGAGGUUGCAGUAGUAGAGGAGACUGGACCAGUUGAAGAGACCCCAGCAGUGGAAGAGGUUGCAGUAGUAGAAGAGACUGCACCAGUUGAAGAGACCCCAGCAGUAGCCGGAGAGGUGCCAGUUGCAGAGAAGGAUGCCCCAGUUGAGGAAGCCGCUGAAGUGGAGGAACCAGCAGCAGAGGAGGCUGUGGUGGCAGCCCAAGUGUCCGAGGAUGAGGCACUCAUCGUGGAGGUGAUGAUGCUGGCAGCAGCCUCAGCCUUGGAUGUCGUCAAAGUAGAGGCAGAGGCAGCCCCGGCUGAGGAAGUCAAGGAGACCCUCUUCACUUCAUGCCACGAAUGUGAAGCCCCAGCUUCUGAGGCUGCCCCAGUUCAGGCUGCGGAGGCAGAAGUCACCCCCAUGGAAGCAGAGGUUGUAGAGGCUGCAAGUGUGGAGGAAGUAGAGGCUCCCCUUGCUGGUGUGGAGGAGGCAGUCGUCGAGGUUGAGGUGACAGCCAAGGAGAGUGCCACCGAUUGGCCUGCUGAGGUGAUCACAGAGGCAGUGGAGGAAGCCAAGGUGGAAGGUAAGUCACAGAGAUCUCUACGCUCUUUAUUUCUUAUGUGUGAUUUUUAGGAAAAGGCAGCCAAUUUUGAUAAAUAUAUUGCUUGUUUUCCCUCGAGUAAAGGGCCAUUUGGUCACGAACAACAGAGGACCAUGUUUCAUUUUUUAUAAUAUUAUUUAUUAGGAUAAGAAACAAAUGUAAGCCCCCAACCAAUACCACAUAUAAUAUAAUAUAAUACCUACUGUGGCCAACAUAUAGUAGAUUCUCCCUAAACUCUGUCCCGUUUCUGUCCACCUUUACUGUGCCAACAGGAGAGACUGCCAGGACAGUAAAAAGGUCCUGCUCAGUGAUGUAA